UUCAGUAGACUACCUUAACUUCUUCCAUAAAUACACAGCAAAAAUGUCUCCCAUCUUGAUAAAUCCCCAAGUUUUGUUCUCUAACACCAUCCUUUCAUCAUCUCCCUGAUCUUAGGGCGAUUGGAGAUUAAUGGGUCUUCCCACGACUCCAAGCCCUCCUCAUCUCUAUCCUCAAGCACUUCAACGAAAACUCUACCAAGCCUUCAUAUUUUCAGUUCCAAUCCUUUUUUCUAUAAUUCUGUUGCUCUUGUUCUACCUUUUUUACCUCAAGAGAAGGGCCUCCAAUCUCUCCCCCUCUCCUCCAACUCUUCCACUGAGAUCAGGUCAAGCCACUCCUUAUAACCACCUGUCUCCUGCCGUGGCGUUGAAAGAGGAAGCCAAAGACAAGCUUCCCAUAGUUAUAUUUGAUGAGGAUUUAAAAUCCCGAGAUUCACAAUGUUGCGUGUGCCUGGGAGAUUUUGAGAUUAAGGAACAACUGAACCAGAUUCCUUCUUGCAAGCAUGUGUUUCACGUUGAUUGUAUUGAUCACUGGCUCCGGGCAAACGCAACAUGUCCACUUUGCCGCUGCUCCAUCCUUCUCACCAGAAAAUCUAUCUCCGACCCUCCUCUUCAGUUCAACUUGCUGCAACAAAAUGACGAUGCAGUAGUGGUGGCACCCGACCAUUACCCACAAAUUGUAUCUUCGGAAGCAGAAUCGGUCGAUGUCAACAGGAACCUCACAAAUUCUUCUACCGAAGAUGGGUGGAGACAAAUCCAAGGAUUCAGAUCUGGUGGGGGGACAGGCUUAACAGAACCCAGUGAAGAUAGGCAAGAGUUGUCGGUUUCAAGGGACGACGAAGGAACCAGUUAUCAUCCACAUGGAAACACAGCUACUGUGCACAUCCAAAUACAUCCUUCAUGAUUCUAUCUAUCCACAUCCAACCCCUAUUUGAUGAAUUGAUUUGAAGUUUUUUUUUUUUUUUUUUUUUUAAAAAAAAACAUGAUACAAUAUCAUUAAUUUUCAGCCCCAUGUCAUUUCCCUUCCAAAUUGCACGAGGGUUCUUCUCAUACUUAGAUGCCUGAUCAAUGUUUGUACAAAGUUGAGGCAACUUUAAUUCUUUCAUUUCAUACAUUAAAUAUUCCCAAAUCUCAAAGUUCGAACAGAGAAUGGUCUCCAAUACAGACGGCAAUGCUUCAUAUAUAUGAAAAUAGAAAUAUUUAGCAGGUGGCCAAGUCUCAAAGGCCAAAGCUAAAACAUUAUAUAGGCUACCAAUAAAAGAACCAAAAGCAGGAGGAUAGAAGUGGUAGUAAUCUUAGCAGGCAUCUUUCCACCGUCGGUCCGCCAGAAAAUGGCCUCAUAAAUGGGCCAAGAAUUGACUACCCCAAACCCA